AUGGCUCCUCGCGCUCCCUCUGCUGCGUCUCAACAGCAAACCGCUCGGGUCCGCGCUGAAGGUCGCGCACGCCAAAUGUGCGGCGCUGGGCCGUUGACUGAUGUUGUUGACGCUGCGCUUCUAAGGCAAGAGCUCACGCAGUUCUAUACGCGUCUUGAAGCGUCCGAUGCAUCGCCUGGUCGUGUCGCGCUCAACCGUGCGAACCGGGCCUUCGACUACCUCUCCGAUGCUUCGCGGGCCACUCCUCGGAUUUCUAAGGGUGCUGCGCGCAUAGCGUGGGGGCUUUUGUUGGAGGAGAUGAAAUUCGCGAUCAAGUAUAACGUGACCGCGUCCGUUGAUCCCCUCGUUCGUUUUCUCGCCAAAGCCAGGGAUGAAGCAAGGCGCAAUCACGCUUGGGACAUGGGCAAGGUCCGUCGCCUCCUCGCAGACGGCUGGCCUUCGAAGCAGAUCGUUCUUCUACUGCCGAGCCACGAGUCGGGACCAGUGCACUGGUGGUUGACCGUUCCUGAGAUACAAGACAAGCAACCUAUACUUCGACAGGCUAUAUACGACGCCGCGUACAGGCUUCGCUCGUCUGCUUCGCCGAGACGACGCUCUCCAACGCCUGGACCUCCAACUGCUACUCAGGGAGGCAGCCGUCCUCAGAGACAAGCCGCGAACGCGACCAACGCUGCGUUGAGCGCAACCAUCAUCUACGACGACCAUGUCGAUGAAACUUACGUGCCCAGCGAUAUACCUCGUGAUGAGGACGUACCUCGCCCUGCUACGUUCACUUUCGGGGCGAACGCCGCGUCAGACUUCACCGCGCAGGCGCCGGCACAGGCGUCUGUCAUUCUUCCACCCCCGCCGCCCCCGGCUGCAGGAGCUCGCCGUGCCCAGCCAUCCCCAUGGCUGCCUCCUGCUGGGUUCACGGCUGACUUGAAAUGGGAUAUUGAGGAUUACAACGUCCUCAAGGCCCAGCUCUUAUCUCACCCGCGCGGGGUUCCCAUUCCAGAAGGCUUUCUAUGGGAGCAUCCGAGCCUGCAUGGCCUCAGGGUGUACGCUGAUGGACAGCCGAAAAUGUUCGAGGUUCGCUUCGAUUCUGCUAACUCUCGACGACUUUCAUUGACCUGCCGCAUCCAGGUCUCGUGUACCAAUUGCCGCAGAAAGCUGCGCAAAUGUAUCGGCCGGGGAUCGAAGGCGUGUCUCCCAUGUUAUUGGGAGAAAGGUAGCCUGGGCAAAUGUGAGGGCGGCGUACCUCCCGCAACGCCGGUGGUGAAGCCUGAUUUCGAGGUGCGCAAGGCCUUCCUGGAAGAGGUCGAGUUGGCCACUGGUGAAUUCCCGCAUCACCUGGUGAACAAAGCCACAGGUCGCGCCAGGCAUGGUAGUGAUGCAGCAGGGACCGGCAACCCGCCGGCGUACGAUCCACCAGCCCCACGCUAUAGCCCGCCGAGACCAAGCAUCGUUGCUGCUGUAGGAGAGGAGACGCCGCCGGCGUCCGCUCCCCCGGCUGCGCAACAGCGUGGCAACCAGGUUCGAGGGUCAGUCCGCGACGAUCAAAACGCCGAUCCUGGCGCCUCCAAUAGUGCCUCUGCCCCCACCAACGUAUCUGGCGUGCGCGGUCGCCGUCAGCGCCGCGAGCCAGACAGCGGAGGCCCCGAUGGCGUACCCUCUAUCGCCGCGGCUCCUGGCGAUAGCAGCAACACCGCUGCACCGGCGGUCGUUCAAUCCUCCAGCGACGUUGUUAUGCCGCCUGCGUCAGCUGUCCAGCCAGAGGAUGUUGCUAUGGCCGACGUUACCAACGCUCCAGAUGCGGCGAUGGCCGAUGUUACCAACGUUACAGACGUUGCCAUGGCCGAUGUUAGCAACGUCCCGUUGGUGCGGCCCCCCAAACGCCAGCGCCCUUCACAACUUGGCGAGGACGAACGCGCCGAGGGCGCGGAUAGCCCUGCGGUCGCGCCAGCGUCUCGGCCGCGCAAGCGCGUCAAGCGUCCCGUCCCGGCACAGUUAUCCCCUGUCGAAGAGGAUCCCGGCGAAGCGCUUCCUGUUGCAGCUCCCGCAGCAGACACUCCCCCGGCGAUCGUGAUCCCUCCUCGUCCUCGCCCUGUCCUAAGCGACUCUGAUCAGGAUGAGACAAGCCGAGCUGCUUCCCCGAUGCCCAGGGUUGCUGGUAGAGGUUCAUCAGGGCCUGCGAACGCCAAACGGGCAGACAAAGGGAAAGCGAAAGCGCUCCCCAAACCCAGGCGCACCGGUACGCAACAGCGUGAUUCUGCUGGAGCCGCAAAUCAGGGGAUACAGUUCUACGACAACGUUCCCGGCACGCGUACUGUUUCUCGGGCGGGUUCGCCUGUCUUCCGCGCACGCCCCUGGCCUGCGAUACCCGGUCCGGAUAUGCAGGUCGCUGGCGACCGAAGGCACGACAUCCCAUCCGGUAUCACCAGGAUCACCCACCCUCAGCCGGCUCCUACACCCGCGUCUGCCAUCAACCUCUCUGGCGAUAUUUAUCUUGCAAACCACGUCGAACGUGCCUUGCGCGAGGAGGUCCGAGACGUCCGUAACGAGGUCCGAGACAUACGCGACCAGGAUCGCGAUUGGUGGACCGGUCGAUAUCAGAACGACUUCGUCUUGCCUCGACAUCGCGAAGUACUUGAUUGCGUGCGCGAACUUCAGGCGGAGGUUAGAGGUCUGGCGCGAACUGCGGGGCUAAGACAAGACGACGGUGUUCGCAUGCCGCACAAUCCCGGCGAUGUUGGAACCUUGGAUGGCGCCGCCCAGCCCUCGGCGGCAGCGCAAGCGUCGGGGCCGACGCUGCAGCAGUCUUCGCCCGGUUCAUCGGUUGCCCUACAAGUGUCCACCGAUCAAGGGCUCGUUCAGAUGUUCAAUAGUCUGCAGACGGGCCUGCGCAACUCGUUCACCAGUUUCGGCGAGGAAAUGCGCCAGUCCCUCACUGAGCGCACGGCUCCCAUCAGCGAUCUUCAUGGAAGCGUGCAGGACCUUACAAGACGUUUUGGCGAACUUGCGCCACUUACUGGACGCGUGGAUGCUAUGGGCCAAACUCUGGACGCUUUUGGGGUUGAUUUCCGCGCCCUUGUAGGCCGAGUGCAACGUUUGGAAGACGUUGGCCCUUUGGCGCGGAACCUGCGGGUAUUCACCGAGCACCAGGAUCGUCUGGGCGAAGCGCCCGUUCCGAUGCUCGUCCUGCGCGAACCCGUUCGAGCCCCCAACGAGUCGGCGGCGGAGGCUCAUCGUUCCUUGAGCACCGUCGCGUCGACGCCCGAGGCGGCCGCUGUAUCUUCUCAGGGUCCUCCCUCCGUUGUCGAAGUCCGUCAGUCUCUCGGUGCCACUUCAUCCAGUUCGCCGGUCGAGCAUUCGGCGUCUAGGCUUCAUCUCGCAAUGACACGCGACCGCGAUAUGCUGGCCACAGUCCCUGCCAAUGUAUCGCAGCCUCCCUCGCCCAACCUGUCAGGUCCAAUCGUACCUCCAUUGCCGGAGCUGAAUGGCAUGCGCUCGCCAGGAGACCUCUCCCCUCUCACGACUACCCCAUCGCCGGGACGUCAGCUGGCGCAGGCGACGAACGAGCAUUCUCCCACCGUUCAGGCCCACGUGCUCCACUCGCCAGGGUCCCAACCUGCGCAUAGCGACGGCAGUUCCACUGAGGAUGACGCGCCGAUGGAGACAGGAGACGACUGGACUCUCCCCGCCUCGAGGAAGCGUAGCGCGGAGGAUGCUGGGGAUACGGCGCGCGCUCAGAAGAGGCCGGCAGAGGAAGCGCAUUCUGAUGGUCAGGAUGAAGAUGCUGAAGGGAGCUCUGAUGAUCAGGCAGCGCCUACGACUGACGCUGUGUCGGUCGCGGCUCAGGGUAAACGGACCGGCAGGAACGUGAAGUCCCGCGGUGCAGGCGCCGCUCCUGAUGUCGCCGCCCCGACUCCUGGCCGGCGAACUGGAUUGCGUACCCGGGCGGGGCGCUCUGGCUGA